AUGUCUAACGAUAACACUUCCACUCUCAAGUCCGUUGUCGACUCUGCUACUGGUACCGUCCAGAACGCAUUCGGCAGCGUAACUGGAAGCACAGGUGAUCAGGCUCAAGGUCAAGCUAAGCAAAACAAGGCUGAUGCCGAGUAUGACGCAUCGCACGCUACUGUUAAAGCUCCGGGCUUCACUGCCUCAUCAUCGGGAGCCGUCACAAAGGAUAACCCUGACAGAACUGCCGGAUCUUACAACCAGACCGUAGGCUCAGCUAAGGAAUUCGUCGGCGGACUAACAGGCGUCGAGUCUCUAAAGGCAGCUGGACGUAAACAGAAUGAAGAAGGCCAGCGGCAAGAAGCCAAGGGUCAGGUUAACGACUACGUUAGCGGCAUCUCUGAUCGUGUCACCGGCACUGUAGGUGGAGCCUUCGCAGGUGUUACCGGCAACAAGGCCGCGCAACAAGAAUACGAAAGGCAGCACGAUGCUGGAAAAACAAACCAGCGAGGUGCCGAGGCAGAUAUAGUAAAGCAGGCAGACGCCGACUCUGCAGCCUCACGUAAGGCAUAA